ACAAUUCGGUAUUAAUGUUGCCGCUCGCGGUUUAGUUGGCCCACGCGUCUCCGUGCCUCUCGCCAUAUCCUCGACAAUAACCGGCAAUCGCAACGAUCGACCAUAACAAUGAGUUUUUUGAAGCCCAAAACACACAUAGAGCAAGGUGACAUUGUCAUUCUCUAUCUGAGCGUGAACUCUAUGCACGCCAUAGAAGCGGUGCCGACGAUAGUAAACAAGAAAGGCGAAACUAUAGCGCAUAUCUUCCAGACGCCCUACGGCUCACUAAAAGUGCAAAGUAUUAUUGGUGUGGAGUAUGGCAGUCGCGUGGAGCUAUCCAAAGGUUAUGCACAUGUAUUGCAGCCAAAUCCCGAACUGUGGACACAAACGUUGCCGCAUCGCACACAAAUCAUAUAUACGCCGGACAUAAGCAUGAUACUGCAUCAGCUGGAGGUGCGUCCCGGCGCAGUUGUUGUUGAGUCCGGCACCGGAUCCGGUUCCUUGUCGCAUUAUUUUUUGCGCGCCCUGAAACCCACGGGCCACCUGCACACCUUCGACUUCCAUGAAGCGCGAGCAGAUCAGGCGCGCGACGAAUUCAAGCGACAUGGGCUCGCCGACUUUGUAACGGUCUAUCAUCGAGAUGUGUGCAAUUUGGGCUUCACCAGCGAGCUGGACGGUGUGGCCGAUGCGGUCUUUUUGGAUCUGCCCUCGCCAGAUUUGGCAGUGCCACAUGCAUUCAAGGCGUUGAAGUUGUCGGGUGGUCGCUUUUGCUCGUUCUCCCCAUGCAUAGAGCAAUCGCAGCGCUGCAUUAAUGUGCUCACCAAACUGGGCUUCAAUGAGAUCUGUUCGAUGGAGGUGCUGCAGCAGGAGAGCGUGAUUAAGACUCGAUCAUUUCCCGUCAUCGACUUGGAGUUUCUCAAGGCGCCCAAGAGCAGCGAGCCAAAUGCGAAUGACGACAGCAAAACGAAGGACCCCAAAGAGCUGAAAAAGUAUCUAACGUCCAGUAAUCCCCAAGUGCUGCCCGGCCACACGGGCUUCCUCACCUUUGCCACGCUGCCGCCCAAUGUGCCAAAGGCGUGAUUGUGUGUGUUCCGCUUGUUUAAUAAAUUUCUAGCUACUUUU